CUUAUUGCUGGCAGAUUACGUUUUUGAAGUUUUUUUUUUUUUCUUGCUGGCAGAUUACGUCGUUAAUUUGUCUUGGUACUUGCUGGUAGAUUUUUUUUUUUUUUUUUUUUUUAAUUGCUGGUAGAUUACUUAAUGUGUAGCGUGUUAAUGAAAAAUAAGUUUUUUGAGAAAUUGGGUCUGUGCUAUACAUUUUUUGCUCUGUGCUAUAUAUUUUCACUGACUUCUCAUCGGAGUUUUGAUCCAAUAUUUGUGCUCCACCCACCACGGAGCUUCACCAUCUAAUUCUAUAUCUAAGUGCAACAGGCUAUAGAAAAAGAGAGAGUGAAAGGUUUUAGCAAUGGCAGGUGAUGGUGAAGAAGUGAGAAACAAACAGGUGCUAGCUAGAGACUACAUAGAUGGCAAUCCCAAAGAAACGGACAUGUACUUUAACACAAGUAGCUUAAGCUUGAAGGUGCCAGAGGGUUCAAAAGAAGUGUUGGUGAAGAACCUUUACUUAUCCUGUGAUCCUUACAUGCGAGGCAUUAAGGUCAAAAUCCCAGAUCGCCUUUUUUAUUCCUUUGCUCCCCAUUCACCAAUAGUUGGGUAUAGAGUGGCUAAAGUUUUGGAAUCUGGGCACCCGGACUUCAAGAAAGGAGAUUUCGUUUGGGGGGUAACCAAAUGGGAAGAAUACAGCCUCAUCACAAUGACUGAAAGCCUCUUUAAAAUCCAGCACAUUGAUGUGCCCCUUUCCUACUAUACUGGACUUCUUGGUAUGCCUGGUAUGACUGCUUAUGCUGGUUUCUAUGAGCUUUGCUCACCAAAGAAAGGAGAAUAUGUUUUUGUCUCAUCAGCAUUUGGUGCAGUUGGCCAACUAGUUGGGCAAUUGGCCAAAUUGAUGGGUUGUUAUGUUGCUGGAAGUGCUGGAAGCAAAGAAAAGGUUGAUAUACUAAAGAGCAAGUUUGGAUUUGAUGAGGCUUUCAAUUAUAAGGAAGAGCAUGACUUGGAUGCAGCUCUAAAAAGGUGUUUUCCUGAAGGCAUUGACAUUUACUUUGAUAAUGUCGGAGGCAAAAUGCUUGAUGCAGUUCUCCUUAACAUGAGAUUACACGGUCGCAUUGCAGUAGCUGGAAUGAUCUCACAAUACAAUCUUGAUCAACCUGAAGGCAUAAGAAAUUUAUUAUCUUUGGUAUAUAAGAGGAUUCGUAUAGAAGGAUUUACAGUGUAUGAUUACUAUCACCUCUUUCCCAACUUUUUAGACCUUGUGCUGCCUUACAUUAGGGAAGGAAAGAUAGUAUAUGUUGAAGACAUAGCUGAAGGCCUCGAAAAUGGCCCGGCAGCUCUUGUAGGCAUUUUUAGUGGUCACAAUGUCGGAAAGCAAGUAGUUGUAGUUGCUCGGGAGUGAUCAUUUUACCUCCUUUUGCAUAUGUAUUUUACACUUUUUUUUUCCCCUUUUUUCUGUGUUAACUUAUACAGCACCAUAUAUAUUGCUUCUCCCCAUUACCAUGGUGAAAGCCAUUGCUGCUUGACAGCUAUGUAACUUGGAAAGUAAAUUCUGAGGGUUCAAUAUAUUAUGGGCUGUUUCAAUAA